AUGGGAGUCCCCAAGUUUUACCGGUGGAUCUCGGAGCGGUACCCCUGCCUCAGUGAAGUGGUCAAAGAGCAUCAGAUUCCUGAAUUUGACAAUUUGUACCUGGAUAUGAAUGGAAUUAUACAUCAGUGCUCCCAUCCUAAUGAUGAUGAUGUUCAUUUCAGGAUUUCAGAUGAUAAGAUCUUUAGUGAUAUUUUUCACUACUUGGAAGUUUUGUUUCGCAUAAUUAAACCUAGGAAAGUAUUCUUUAUGGCUGUUGACGGUGUGGCUCCUCGAGCAAAAAUGAACCAGCAGCGUGGGAGGCGUUUCAGGUCAGCAAAGGAAGCAGAAGAUAAAAUCAAAAAGGCAAUAGAAAAGGGAGAAACUCUUCCUUCAGAGGCCAGGUUUGAUUCCAACUGCAUUACACCAGGGACUGAAUUCAUGGCCAGGCUGCAUGAACAUCUCAAGUAUUUUGUAAAUAUGAAGAUUGCAACAGACAAGUCAUGGCAAGGAGUCACCAUCUACUUCUCAGGCCAUGAGACUCCCGGAGAAGGAGAGCAUAAAAUCAUGGAAUUCAUCAGAUCCGAGAAAGCAAAGCCAGACCAUGAUCCAAACACCAGACACUGUCUUUAUGGCUUAGAUGCUGACUUGAUUAUGCUUGGUUUAACAAGUCACGAGGCUCAUUUCUCUCUCCUAAGAGAAGAAGUUCGUUUUGGUGGCAAAAAAACGCAAAGGGUAUGUGCACCAGAAGAAACCACAUUUCACCUCCUCCACUUGUCUUUAAUGAGAGAAUAUAUUGAUUAUGAAUUUUCAGUAUUAAAAGACAAAAUCUCAUUUACAUAUGAUAUUGAAAGGAUCAUAGACGAUUGGAUUUUGAUGGGAUUUCUUGUUGGCAAUGAUUUCAUUCCUCAUCUACCUCAUCUACAUAUUAAUCAUGAUGCACUGCCUCUUCUUUAUGGAACUUAUAUUACCAUUCUGCCAGAACUUGGAGGUUAUAUCAAUGAAAGUGGGCAUCUCAACUUACCUCGAUUUGAGAAAUAUCUUGUAAAAUUAUCAGAUUUUGAUCGUGAACACUUCAGUGAAGUCUUUGUGGACCUUAAGUGGUUUGAAAGCAAAGUUGGUAACAAGUACCUCAAUGAAGCAGCAGGCCUUGCAGCUGAAGAGGCCAAGAGCCACAAAGAAAAGAAAAAACCAAAGGGUCAAGAAAACUCCUUAUGUUGGGCUGCUUUAGACAAAAAUGAAUCUGAAGUAACUACAUCUAAGGAUAAUUUGGAGGAGGAGACUGAAGAUGAUGACCUCUUCGAAACCGAGUUCAGACAGUACAAGAGAACAUACUACAUGACGAAGAUGGGCGUGGACGUAGUAUCUGAUGAUUUUCUAGCUAAUCAAGCUGCCUGCUAUGUUCAAGCGAUACAGUGGAUUUUGCACUAUUACUAUCAUGGAGUUCAAUCCUGGAGCUGGUAUUACCCAUAUCAUUAUGCGCCUUUUCUAUCAGAUAUCCGAAAUAUCAGUACUCUUACAAUCCAUUUUGAACUAGGAAAACCUUUUAAGCCAUUUGAGCAGCUGCUUGCUGUACUUCCAUCAGCUAGCAAAAAUUUGCUUCCUACAUGUUACCAGCAUUUGAUGACCAGUGAAAACUCUCCAAUUAUAGAAUACUAUCCACCUGAUUUUAAAACUGACCUAAAUGGGAAACAACAGGAAUGGGAAGCUGUGGUAUUAAUACCUUUUAUUGACGAGAGGCGAUUGUUGGAAGCCAUGGAGUCAUGUAACCACUUCCUCAAAAAUGAAGAGAAGAAAAGAAACCAACAUAGUGAGUGUCUCAUGUGCUGGUAUGACAGAGACACAGAGUUUGUCUACCCCUCUCCGUGGCCAGAAAAAUUCCCUCCCAUACAACAGUGUUGCACAAGAUACAAAAUAAUAUCUUUAGAUGCUUGGCAUGUGGAUAUAAGCAAGAAUAAAAUAACCAAAGUUGACCAGAAGGCAUUAUACUUCUGUGGAUUUCCUACUCUGAAGCACAUCAAACACAAAUUUUUUUUGAAGAAAAGUGGUGUCCAAGUAUUCCAGCAAAGCAGUCGUGGAGAAAACAUGAUGUUGGAAAUUUUACUGAAUGCAGAUCCAGAUGAACUCAGCAUAGAGAAUGUAGCUUCCGCGGUGCUUGGAAGGUCUGUCUUUGUUAAUUGGCCUCACCUUGAAGAAGCUAGAGUCGUGGCUGUGUCAGAUGGAGAAACUAAGUUUUAUUUGGAAGAACUUCCAGGAACACAGAAGCUUUAUUUGGGAAGAACUGCCCCACCAUCUAAAGUGGUCCAUCUUGGAGAUAAAGAACAAUCCAACUGGACAAAAGAAGUGCAAGGGAUUUCAGAACAUUAUCUGAGAAGAAAAGGAAUAAUAAUAAAUGAAACCUCUGCAGUUGUAUAUGCUCAAUUACUUACAGGUCGUAAAUACCAAAUAAGUCAAAAUGGUGAAGUUCGACUAGAGAAACAAUGGUCAAAACAAGUUAUUCCUUUUGUUUAUCAAACCAUCGUUAAGGACAUCCGUGCCUUCGAUUCCCGUUUCUCCAGUAUCAAAACCCUGGACGACUUGUUUCCUCCUGGGAGUAUGGUCUUCAUGCUGGGGACCCCCUAUUAUGGCUGCACGGGAGAAGUUCAAGAUUCUGGCGAUGUGAUUACUGAAGGUAGAAUCCGUGUGGUUUUCAGCAUCCCCUGUGAACCCAAUCUUGAGCCUUUAAUACAGAACCAGCAUAAAUAUUCUAUAAAGUACAACCCAGGAUAUGUGUUGGCCAGUCGCCUUGGAGUGAGUGGAUACCUUGUUUCAAGGUUUACAGGAAGUAUUUUUAUUGGAAGAGGAUCUAGGAGAAACCCUCACGGAGACCAUAAAGCAAAUGUGGGUUUAAAUCUCAAAUUCAACAAAAAAAAUGAAGAAGUGCCUGGAUACACCAAGAAAGUGGGAACUGAGUGGAUGUAUUCGUCCGCGGCGGAGCAGCUCCUUGCAGAGUACUUAGAGAGAGCUCCAGAACUGUUUAGUUAUAUAGCCAAAAAUAGCCAAGAAGAUGUGUUCUAUGAAGAUGACAUUUGGCCAAGAGAAGAUGAGAAUGGUGCUGAGAAAGUCCAGGAAAUUAUUUCCUGGCUAAAAGGACAUCCUGUCAGUACUUUGUCUCGUUCUUCUUGUGAUUUACAAAUUCUGGAUGCAGCUAUUGUUGAGAAAAUUGAGGAAGAAGUUGAAAACUGUAAGCAAAGAAAGAAUAAUAAGAAGGUACGAGUGACAGUGAAGCCCCAUUUGCUAUACCGACCGUUGGAGCAGCAACAUGGAGUCAUUCCUGAUCGGGAUGCAGAAUUCCGUCUCUUUGACCGUGUCAUCAAUGUGAGAGAGAACUUUUCUGUUCCCAUUGGCCUUCGAGGCACCAUCAUAGGAAUUAAAGGGGCUAAUAGAGAAGCUGAUGUACUAUUUGAAGUGUUAUUUGAUGAAGAAUUCCCUGGAGGAUUAACAAUAAGGUGCUCACCUGGUAGAGGCUAUCGCCUACCCACGAGUGCAUUAGUGAACCUCUCUCACGGGAGUCGCACCGAAACAGGAAAUCAGAAGCUGACCGCCAUCGUGAAACCACAGCCUGCUGUGAAUCAGCACACCUCAAAUUCAGCCGUUUCAUCUGGGCAUUUGGGAGGCCUCAAUCAUUCCCCGCAAUCACUUUUUGUUCCUACUCAGGUACCUACUAAAGAAGAUGAUGAAUUUUGCAACAUUUGGCAGUCGUUACAAGGUUCUGGAAAGGUGCAGAACCUUCAGCCAGCUGUUCAAGAAAAAGGUAAAGUUCUUCCUCAAGAAACAAGUCAAGCAACUCAGCAUCCUAAGUCUGACGUUAAUGACAACAGUAUUAAAGCUCAUCAAAGAAAACAUGACCCUCACAGAAAAUUUAAAGAAGAAUGUAAGAGCCCUAAAAAUGAAUGUCAGUCACAGAAAAUAUCAAAUAAGCAGCCUGCUCUUGGAAUGGAGAACUUUUUAGCAUCCCUGAAUAUCUCCCAUGAAAAGGAAGUACCGCCUGCUCAUCACAGAGAGCCCCGCAGUGAAGAGCACUUGUCGCCACAGUCAUUUGCCAUGAAGGGAACACGAAUGCUUAAAGAAAUUCUAAAAAUUGAUGGCUCUGACUCUGUGGACCAUAAAAAAGAAACAAAGCCAUUUGAUGAUGAAAUGCUUAUUUCUUCUAAUAGAAGAGACGAAUGCGGACCUUCCUCACAGCUUAAACAAAAUGAGAAACUAGCAUCUCAUAUGAACAAAUCUCACAGUGCUGAUGAAUUCCACGUUGUCCAGUCUAUGGACAAUCUGCCUUGGCCAACCUCCAGUCAAACCACACCUGUCACAGAGCUGUCUCGAAUUUGCUCGCUUGUCGGAAUGCCACAGCCAGAUUUCACCUUUCUUAGAACACCACAGACGAUGACAGUUUGCCAGGUGAGGCUGUCUACGGGUUUACUGGUACAUGGACCACCAUGUCGCUCGGAAAGUGAAGCCAAGGAGAAAGCUGCCUUUUUUGCUUUACAGCAGUUGAGCUCAUUAGGUGUGAAUGUCUCUGUGCCUCUACCAAUAUUUCCAAAUUAUCCUCCUCUGGUACCACCUGGAACCAUUCCUCCAGUUUUUCCUCAGCCUGCUGGCUGGGAUCCUUAUGGUAACAACUUAGCACUGGGGGCAGCCAACAUGAUGCCUUCGUCAGCUCAUCUCUUCGGCGCAGUGCCGUGGGGAGCGCCGUUGCCAGUUGCCCGAAAGCCUUUCCCUCACGCUUCCUAUCCUGGGUCCAUGCCUAUGCCGGGGCCCGUCCCCAGUGGUGUGCACAAUCAGUUCAUACCUCUACAGGUUACUAAGAAAAGAGUUGCAAAUAAGAAGAACUUUGGGAGUAAGGAGGCUCAGAGUUCUUCUCAAGCUGCUCCACCUCAGACCAGCCAGCCAGGAUCUUCUGGUGUCUCCAAAGUGGCCCCACAAGAGAGUUCAUCAGCCUCUAAAAAGUCCUCUCAGAUUCCUCAGCCUGCACCUUCUUUUCAAGUUGAAGUUGCCCCCCAAGACCGCCGUGUGCCACAUCAGAAAUCAGUGCCAGCUGCCCCCCAGGACCACCGAGCAAUGUCUCAUAAAUCGGCACCAAAUUCUUCCAGAAGAAAACCAAGAAAGCUGGCUGUCAAUUUUGGAGUUUCUAAACCUGAAUAA